AUGGGUUCAAAAUCCAAAUCAUCGCGCGACUACAAGGGAUCGAAAGCGCAAGGCUCCUCGUCUAGCUCCCAGCCGCCAGUUAGCUUCCUCUUCAUCGUCAAUGAACUACCUACGAAUAACGACCCUGAGAUAGAAGGAUCGAUCCCUCUACGACACCAACACGGACGAUGGCUUCCCCCAGAUAAUCACCUAGGCUUCCUAACUCAAAAACCGGGUUAUGUGUACCGGUGGAAUAACGGUGACGUGAGCCUUGCCCAAGGUUAUUACUGGAGAGAUGACAGAGUGGGAAACCCGGUUAUUGCCAACGGCACAAUAUAUAAAUACGAGGGGGGUGACAUAUGGCCGCAAUACUAUAGAGGGGCGACUGUCUUCUACGGUGGCAGCUUUUUUCAAUUUUUCACUGCUCAAGGUGAUGUUGGCACUAGAGAUAUUUGUACAUCGUCACCUGAGGCCGGCUGGCACUAUCUUAAGUUCCACCAUGAGAAUAGGAUUUCCCGCGUUGACCAUGAUGCCCCGGAGGAACACCUUAUUGUGCGAAGCGCAGGUUGGAUUCCAGACUUACUCCCAGAAGCAUAUCGAUCACAAUCAACUAGGGCCGUUAAUCAAGGAGGCCUAGGUGGUCUUUUGUCGAUUGUGGUCGCUUUAGUUGCUUUUUCUUGCAUAGAUAAAAACGAGUUGCAUUAUGCGCUCAUAAAUGAUCGGGCAUGGAGAGGUCACAGAUGGGUACCUCAUGGAAGGGAGUCUGGGCGCACCAAAGGACGAGGGGUAGUGGCCACCAUCUAUCUGGAUCCUGAAAAUACAGAAGGAUCUACAAGGGAUUCGAUUAACAAUAUUGAGCAAGGCAAUACCCCUAUAUUCCGGACUUAG